UCCAGGGUUAUCGUUCUUCUCAAAAUGGCAGCCUCCAUGAUCGGACGACUGUCGAAGCACUUGACAAAAAUAGAGGGCUGUUGUUUAAAAACUCAAGUUCGGACCUCUUUUUUAACAAACGACGUUUUCAGAAGUAAUGAACCGUCUUAUGAUACUCAAAAAUCAUGGAAACAGAGAAAGGAAGAGAUAGAGAAGGCAGGUCAAAAUCAAGAUAUGGUUGUGAAUAUUGGAUUGGUUUCAAACGUCAAAACAAAUAGAGUAUCAAGGAAGUUUAUGCGACAACUAAAAACAGAAAGAAACCUUGAGGAGUUAGAGAGGAAAUCAAGAUUAAAUCAGUUGGAAGUACCAAUUAAAAAGGUGACAGAGGAAGACUUUGAAGGUCAAGGACAACAAAGAAUUCAUACACUCACAGCUCAUUAUGGAAUAUUUAAAGACUUAUUUGGAAAUGCAUACUUUUACCCAAGUUUAGAUCUUCAUGUAGGAUAUCCAAUAGAUGGGGAAGAAAGUAUGGUGAACCCAGUGUUUUAUGGAAAUAAAUUUCCUCCUGAGGAGGUUAGCCAACAGCCGCACUUUGAAUUUAAAGCCGAGCCAGGUAAAUUUUACACAUUGUGUAUGACGGCACCGGACAGCCAUCUCACUAACAAUCAUCAGGAGUAUCUACACUGGAUGGUGUGUAACAUACCAGGUGAGUCAGUGGACAAAGGGGAGACAAUCUGCAAUUAUUUACCUAUAUUCCCCGUACAUGGCACUGGUCACCAUAGAUAUGUGUUCAUUCUUUAUCAACAUGAUAAACCAGUUGAUUUCUCAUCUCAAGUACAAAUCUCAGACAGUACUUCAUUAGAAGAGAGAACAUUCAAGACAUUAAAAUUUUACAGAAAUAACCAGGAACAUAUAACUCCUGUUGGAAUUUGUUUCUUCCAAGCAGAGUGGGAUGAAUCUGUUCGGAAUGUGUUUCAUAAUGUUUUAGAUAUGAAUGAGCCAAGGUUUGAGUUUCUACCUCCAGCAGAAGUUGUACCAAAGCAGGAAUUGUGGCCAAUUAGGGAACCAUUUAAUGUGUAAGUUUCUGCAAAUUAGCAGUACCUAGAUCAUAUCAUUCUAGCAAUGAA